AUUGUAGAGGUCAACCCAAGAGUCAAGACUGAGACAAACUUUAUCUUUAAAGUUUUUUUUUUUAAAAAAAAACACAGACAUAAUAGGAAACAGAACUGAAAAUGGAAUCUUCAAUUCCAAAGAACACCACAAACAUAGUAGUAAUUAUAUUUGUGUUCCUCAUUUGUUGGAGUAAAGUUUUUGCAAGAACUCAAGAAGAUGACAAAGUAACAAAGCUGCCUGGUCAACCCAAUAGCCCACAAGUCUCACAAUAUUCUGGUUAUAUUACAGUAAAUAAAACUCAUGGAAGGGCUCUUUUUUACUGGUUUUUUCAAUCUCAGUUUGAAUCUUCCAAGAAACCCCUUCUCCUCUGGCUAAAUGGAGGGCCUGGUUGCUCUUCAAUUGGAUAUGGUGCUGCUACGGAGUUGGGACCUCUGCUAGUUCAAAGCAAUGGGACUGGUCUUGACUUCAACGUGCAUUCUUGGAAUAACGAAGCCAAUUUGUUGUUUUUGGAGUCACCAGUUGGGGUGGGGUUCUCAUACACCAAUACAUCCUCUGACUUAACCAACUUAGAUGACGAUUUCGCUGCUGAAGAUGCGUACAAUUUCCUGGUGAAUUGGCUGGAAAGGUUUCCCGAGUUCAAGAACCGCGAAUUUUUCAUAUCAGGAGAGAGCUAUGCAGGACACUACGUGCCCCAAUUGGCAGAGCUCGUAUACAACCGAAAUAAAGAUGGCAAAAAAUAUCCAUAUAUUAAUCUCAAAGGUUUCAUAGUUGGAAAUCCUGAAACGAACGAUUACUAUGAUUACACAGGGAUAUUAGAAUAUGCUUGGAGCCAUGCGAUACUAUACGAUUCAGAGUAUCAGAAAGCCAAACAAGUAUGCAAUUUCAAGGUCUCCAACUGGUCCAACGCGUGUAAUGAUGCCAUGCAAGUAGUAUGGGAUAAAUACAGAGAAAUUGACAUUUACAACAUUUAUGCUCCUAAAUGUCUCGUGAACAGUUCCUCUUCUUCAGCUAGUGAUAUCGUUAGUACACACGAUUCUUCUCAAAUCAAGUUGCAGGAACCUAAUUAUGGGUUCAGGAGAAUGAAACGAAUUCCAGGAGGUUAUGACCCCUGCUAUACCGUGUCCGCCGAAGAGUAUUUCAACAGGUUAGAUGUUCAAAUGGCUCUUCAUGCAAACACCGAAGGAAGUCAAGCUAGACGAAAAUGGAAAAGUUGCAGUGAUUCCGUGUUCCAAACGUACAACUACAAUGUAAUAUCUCUAUUGCCAGUAUACAAAAUGCUCAUCAAAGGGGGUCUGAAGAUUUGGAUUUUUAGUGGCGAUGCAGAUGGAAGAGUGCCAGUAAUUGGGACGAGAUACUGCAUUGAAGCUCUUAAUCUGACUCUAAAGUCCCCUUGGCAUUCUUGGUUCCACAAUCAUCAGGUGGCUGGACGGGUAGUGGAGUACGAAGGGCUAACAUUCGUGACAGUAAGAGGAGCCGGUCAUCUAGUACCUCUAUACAAGCCAAAUGAAGGUCUAGCCCUGAUCCGUUCUUUCUUAACUGGUGAAGAACUGCCGGCUCAUAGAUAAACGCUGAUUGUAUCCCACAAUAAAAUUUCUUUGAUAAACAUCUCCUCGAUGAUUCAUUACCGAUCGAUUGUUUUACUUCAAGAAGUUACCUGAUGUUCGUUACUAGUGAUAAGGGCGGAGAAAUGUUGACCUUUCGCUAUUAGCAUUAUACUUCUUUCUUGGUUAUACUACAGCAAGAAUCAAGACUUCGGACACCAUAAAAAGCAAGACGCUAUCAAAUGCACUUGCAAAUUGUACCUUUUUAACUGUAUUUUAAUGAAUUUCAAGGUGGUUCUCUUCUUUUC